AUGAUAAACGACAGCAAAUCAGAUGUAAAAAUUAAUGCGGAUGAAUUGUCCGAGAAAGACCUGUAUCGACUAAAGCUUAUUACGAGGAAUUUACAGGCGCUUUUGGGAUUGGAAAAAAUUACAAAACAGUUGGCAUCGAAAAAAAAUAUUCAUGUAUACUGGGGUACAGCGACUACAGGGAAACCGCAUGUGGGAUAUUUUGUACCAAUAAGGAAAAUUGCUGACUUUUUGACUGCAAAUUUGAAGGUGACAAUACUAUUUGCUGAUUUGCAUGCAUUUUUGGAUAACUUAAAAAGCAGUUGGGAGCUUUUGGAUAAUCGGGUAUUAUAUUAUGAAAAAGUAAUCAAAGCAUUGCUUACUGCAUUGCAUGUACCACUGGACCAGCUGCAUUUUGUUAGAGGGACAUCCUACCAGUUGACAAGGGAAUAUACAUCUGAUUUACUUCGGUUAUGUAAUAGUGUAACAAGGAGAGACGCUUUACGUGCUGGCGCUGAAGUGGUGAAGCAAGUAGCAUCACCCUUAUUGAGCGGUUUACUCUAUCCAUUAUUGCAAGCUUUGGAUGAGCAGUACUUGAAAGUUGAUGGUCAGUUUGGUGGAGUGGACCAAAGAAAAAUUUUCAUACUGGCUGAGGAACAGCUUCCAAAAUUAAAAUUAGGUAAAAGGUUUCACCUUAUGAAUCCUAUGGUACCUGGAUUGCAGGGAUCGAAGAUGAGCAGUUCGGAAGAAAAUUCAAAAAUUGAUUUGCUGGAUAAAGCAGAUGUAGUGCGGAGGAAAAUCGAUAGUGCUGUCUGCAGUCGUGAUUCCGAUGAAAACGGUAUACUAGCAUUCUGUGAGCAUGUUUUAUUUCCAAUUAUUUCUCCAAAAACAAUCAGUUUUGGUGGAAAGGAAUAUGACAACUAUGAGAAUUUGCUUGAAGAAUAUAAUGCAGGAGAGAUCUCUGAAACUGCUUUGAAAGCGACUGUUAAGGAAUUUAUUUGUGAGGUACUGGAAGAAGUGCAAAAGAACUGUAUGGACGAAGAAAUGCUAUUAUUACUAGAAAAAGGAUAUUCCACAAACAUAUUAGAUAAUAAUUUAGCACACUCUUCUAAUCCUAUCGUCGAUGAUAGCAUCACUCUGAGUGGUGAAGAAGAUCAAAGGUUUCGAGAAAUUACCUGCGAUACUGAGUUAGUCAGUGGUGAAAUAUGGCUUAAAAGACGAAUCAGAGAGAAUAGUUUAUUACAUAUUGUUUAUACGAUAGCACCAAAAGGUCGCUUUCAUCUGGGUUUUGUUAUUCCACUUUUCAAAUUGAAGAAACUACAGUUGCUGGGAAAUGUUUCUAUAACAAUAGUUUUGGCUGAUAUCGAUGCUUUUUUGGAUAACGAGAAAUGCUCUUGGAAUAUUCGAGACGCACGCUGUGAUUAUUAUAGUAUGGUUUUGCAGCAGAUUUUUAUUCUACUUGACUUAAAAGAUAUCAAAAUUGUUCGAGGAUCGAGCUAUCAAUUGGAACGGGAAUAUACUUUUGAAAUGUAUCAGAUGGCUUCCAAAGUAACACGAGAUGAAGCAUCCAUACUGGAAGGAGUAACAUUGGGCUCAUUAUUAUCACCUCUAUACUUCACCAUUGACCACUAUUUUAUGAAUGUUGAUAUUGUUAUAAUGGGCGAAGAAAUGCGUCCUUUUUCGGAAUUCUCUGAGCAGAUGAUGCAACGACGUGGACAACAACCUCGUGCACAUUUAUUAGUCCCAACCUUGCCAUCUAUGUCAGGUAGUAAAAUGUCUGCAUCAAAUCCUGAAUUUCAUCUGGAUCCUCUGGAUACACCAAAGCAAAUCAAGCAGAAGAUCGCACGUUCAUUUUGUGAACCUGGUAAUUUAAAAGGCAAUAUCGCUUUUGAACUUGCAAAACAGUUUAUAUUUCCUCAUUUUGGAUCAAAAUUGUUAAUCGAACGUUCGGAAGAAAACGGUGGAAAUAUAGAGAUUAAUGGUUGUGAUGAAUUGGAAAGAAUAAUUGUGGAUGGAAGUUUACAUCCCGCAGAUUUAAAAGCAGUAGUUAUAUCUAAAAUCAAUCAGUUCUGCGACCCUAUUCGAACAUGUUUUACAACUAAAACAAAGUUAAUAUCAACAGCUUUUCCUAGUAAAAAAGGUGGUAAAAAAUAA